CGCCGCCAGCACUAAAGAUGGAGAGGCGCCGGGGCCUCGCAGGGGAGGGGGCUCGGCGUUGACGUGGGACGCGGCGGAGGCGCCGAAGCCGGUGGUGAUUUGCUAACCUCACAGCAGAGAGGAGUUGAGGGCGAUGAGAGCGGGUACUGCGAACUGCCGGGCGACGCCGCCGCUGCCGCCGUGAUCCCGAGAGCAACAGUUCUCCAGCAGCCCCGCUCCCCGACACUGGCACACCCCCGGAGGCACGCACGCCCACCCCACGGCGCCCGGCGUGGCAGCGCCCUCUCCACUGGCCCACGAGACUCAGCCUGCCCCACCACGCGGAGCCCGGAAGGAAAGAGAGCCUCAUGCCUAAGCCGCGGGGAGCACCAUGGAUCUGACGAAGAUGGGCAUGAUCCAGCUGCAGAACCCCAGCCACCCCUCGGGGCUCCUGUGCAAGGCCAACCAGAUGCGGCUGGCCGGGACGCUGUGCGAUGUGGUCAUCAUGGUGGACAGCCAGGAGUUCCAUGCCCACCGGACCGUGCUGGCCUGCACCAGCAAGAUGUUUGAGAUCCUCUUCCACCGCAACAGCCAGCACUACACUCUGGACUUCCUCUCGCCAAAGACUUUCCAGCAGAUCCUGGAGUAUGCCUACACGGCCACGCUGCAAGCCAAGGCGGAGGACCUGGAUGACCUGCUGUACGCCGCCGAGAUCUUGGAGAUCGAGUACUUGGAGGAGCAGUGCCUGAAGAUCCUGGAGACCAUCCAGGCCACAGACGACAAUGACACGGAGGCCACCAUGGCGGACGGUGGGGUGGAGGAAGAAGAGGACCGCAAGGCCCGGUACCUCAAGAACAUCUUCAUCUCGAAGCAUUCCAGCGAGGAGAGUGGGUAUGCCAGUGUGGCUGCGCAGAGCCUCCCCGGGCCCAUGGCGGACCAGAGCCCGUCCGUGUCCACCUCGUUUGGCCUUUCAGCCAUGAGUCCCACCAAGGCCGCCGUGGACAGUUUGAUGACCAUAGGGCAGUCUCUCCUGCAGGGAACUCUUCAGCCCCCCGCAGGGCCUGACGAACCUGCUCUGGCUGGGGCCGGGCGGCUCCCCGGGGUAGCUGAGGUGAAGACAGAGAUGAUGCAGGUGGAUGAGGUGCCCAGCCAGGACAGCCCCGGGACAGCCGAGUCCAGCAUUUCGGGCGGAUUGGGGGACAAGGUGGAGGAAAGGGGCAAAGAGGGGCCCGGGACCCCAACUCGGAGCAGCGUCAUUACCAGUGCAAGGGAGCUGCACUACGGGCGCGAGGAGAGUGCCGAGCCGCUGCCGACCCCCGCGGAGGCUGGCCAGGGCCCCCCAGGCCGACAGGAGCACCUGGCGCCCCCCGCAGAGAAACAUCUGGGCGUCUACUCCGUGUUGCCCAACCACAAGGCUGACUCUGUGCUGAACAUGCCGUCGUCGGUGUCCUCUGGGCUCCACGUGCAGGUGCAGCCCGCUCUGGCCGUGUCCAUGGACUUCAGCACCUACGGGAGCCUGCUGCCGCAGGGCUUCAUCCAGAGGGAGCUGUUCAGCAAGCUGGGUGAGCUGGCCGUGGGCAUGAAGUCGGAGAGCCGGACCCUCGGGGAGCCGUGCAGCGUGUGUGGGGUGGAUCUUCCUGACAACGAGGCCGUAGAGCAGCACAGGAAGCUGCACAGCGGGAUGAAGACGUACGGGUGUGAGCUCUGCGGCAAGCGGUUCCUGGAUAGUUUGCGACUGAGAAUGCACUUACUGGCUCACUCAGCGGGCGCCAAAGCCUUUGUCUGCGAUCAGUGCGGUGCCCAGUUCUCGAAGGAGGAUGCCCUGGAGACACACAGGCAGACCCAUACAGGCACAGACAUGGCUGUCUUCUGUCUGCUGUGCGGGAAGCGUUUCCAGGCGCAGAGCGCCCUCCAGCAGCACAUGGAGGUCCACGCGGGCGUGCGCAGCUACAUCUGCAGCGAGUGCAACCGCACCUUCCCCAGCCACACCGCCCUCAAGCGCCACCUGCGCUCACACACAGGCGACCACCCGUACGAGUGUGAGUUCUGUGGCAGCUGCUUCCGGGAUGAGAGCACACUCAAAAGCCACAAGCGCAUCCACACGGGCGAGAAGCCCUACGAGUGCAAUGGCUGCGGCAAGAAGUUCAGCCUCAAGCACCAGCUGGAGACGCACUACCGGGUGCACACAGGUGAGAAGCCCUUCGAGUGCAAGCUGUGCCACCAGCGCUCCCGGGACUACUCGGCCAUGAUCAAGCACCUGAGGACGCACAACGGUGCCUCGCCCUACCAGUGCACCAUCUGCACCGAGUACUGCCCCAGCCUGUCCUCCAUGCAGAAGCACAUGAAGGGCCACAAGCCCGAGGAGAUCCCGCCCGACUGGAGGAUAGAGAAGACGUACCUGUACCUGUGCUACGUGUGAAGCCAGGCCGGGCGGGGGCGGAGGAGCAGGAGCGAGAGGAGGAGUUAGAGCAGGAUGGAGUCGAGGAAGGAUUGUGCAAAAAAUACAUGUCUAUAUAUAAGGGAAAAAGGAAGAAAAAGGAAACCUGGUAGCGAUCUGGCCUUGGGGUCUCUCUGGGGCUCCAGGUGACCAGGAUGCCCGGCCAUGGCCCCUUCCCGGGCCGCCAUCCCUCCUCUCCUGGCUGGAGGUGGGCCUAAUUUCUUGGGUGGGGGUGGAGGGGGCUUUGUUCUGCUCAGACCCUCUUUUAUGUCCAGAAAUGGAGUCUGGGAAGAAGGUGAGGGUGUUCGGGUCAGAGCCAGUCUCUGCCUGCCAUCCUCAGCCUUCUCAGAAGAUGGAGGCUCUGGGGGGCCAGGGGCAGGGGGCUGCAGAUGGUGGGGCUGGACUGGGGCGCUGGCUGACACUCAGAGUGGCAGCUGGUUUGCUGGGGGCAGAUUGGGGUGGGGAAGGGAGCCUCUUCCCCUCCCUCAUUUCACCUGUUGCUUCCCUCUGCUCUGCUGAUCUGCAUGUCCCUCUCCGUCUUCAGGAGCCUCAAGGCUCUUGCCCCUCCCCCAGCUCCUGGUCUCUGCCUCCCCCUGCCUCCUCUCCUCCAGUUCAGGGAGUGCCCAGCCUCCCCGCCCCUCCAACUACCACCCCCAGCUCCAACCCAGAGCCCCACUCCCACCCUUAGCCUCUGAGGACACAAAGCAAAGGGAAGACCCACCCUCAGAAAGCCCUGUCCUGAGAGAUUUGCCUCCCAGAUGGAAAAACAGCUAAAUAUAUACAAAUACAUGGGUCCCCCAAUACCCGGACAGGGUUCCCUGCCACCCUCCUCAGUCCCUGGGAGAAGGAAUCCGUGAGAGGGCUGCUGUCCCGGGGGAGGCCCUGGAUGUCCUUCUCCAGGUGUGCCCUCCCCCGGAGAAGGGGGCACCUGCCGGGAGUCAGGGUGCUGGCCAAGGGGGGUGCUGUUGAGUCAUUCUGGGGACCUUUUAAACACCCCAGACCUGGUGAGCGCAGUGGGAACCCCAGGUCCAGAGAGGGCACAGAAUUCCUGGCUCACCGGCCCCCCCCCUCCCCACCCCCGCCAGGCCGCAGGAAGAGGAGGAGUUGUUGAAAGCGCUUCGGCCUUGUGUUACUUCUUUUGUGUGUCCGGGUUCCCCUGUUAGCACACUGUGCUUGAAUUACCUCAGUUUUUUGUGACCUCGUGAGCUUUUGUAACCCCUGCAUCUCUCUUUUUGGUUGGGGGUUGGAAGAAUGGGGAGGGAGUCCUUUUCUGUUUCUUGUGUAAAUUAAUAGUUGGCUUAGUACCUGUUAGCUGGCCAAGGCCCCCAUCCCGGAGCAGCCAUCUUCCAGCUGGAAGGAGCUGCGCAGAAGGAUGGAGUCCUCGGGACCUGGGUGUGGGGGCUGGGUCCCCGGAAGGUGGGCGGAGGGGGAGGGGUAUUGGGGGCCUUUGGAGUCACUGUUGGCUCUGCCCACAGCAUGAACUCAUCAUGCCCCCCAUCGGUUCAGCCUAAAACACUCUGGACACAAUCCCCCCUUUCUUACAGUUUGCUGGGUCUGAGGGCUUGUGUUACUCAGAUCCUCGCAUCUGCGCAACCCCGCCUCUGUGUGCGACCCCACCUCUGGGUGCGACCCACCUCUGUGUGCCACCCACCUCUGUGUGCGACCCGCCUCUGUGUGCAUUAUCAUUGCCAAAAUCGGUCUGUUUCCUGGCUGCGAGGGAUGCGCCAGUCGUGGCUCUGCUGCGCUGGUGGGGUGUUGUUUUCUGAAAGCUACCUCUUCUGUUCGUCCCGUUCCUUUGUCCCCUCCUGCUGGCCUGCGGCGCGCUGCCUGCUCAGCCUCCGCCCGAGCUUAGGAAAGCGCAUUGGCCGCGUUUGUGUUCACUGUGGGAUGGGCCCUCUGUUUCAUCUCAUGCUUUAUUUGUCCACGUUAUUUUCUUUCCUUUCUCUCUCUGAGAAAGUCGUGGCUGCGUUUUUAUCUUAGGUUUUAAAAAGUGGUUUAGGGAAGCGGUUGGGGGAGAAGCGUUGUGAGGAGUAUAGGGAAGUCGGAGGGAUGGGUGCUGCUGUGACCACCCCUGUCCCUUGGCCCCAUCCCUCCAGUCUUGCCCACCCAAUUUGAAGGCCUUAAAAACUGUUGGGGGUAUAGUGUUGGGGGCGGGGCAUGUCGCUGGACUGUUGGUUGGGGGUGAUAAAUAGGGAGGAUGCUACUUUGCAAUUAUAAUAAUGAGUUAGUGCUUGGGGAAGGAAGAAGCUAAACUUGAAGCCCAGAGCAGUUGUGUUUAUAAUGUGAAGAGGGAAUCUCUGGGGAGGAGCCGUCUGUAGGAAUUCGUUGUGCACUAUGGCUUCCUCCCCCAGUCUGGGGAGAAAGGGGGACUGGCUGGGCCCGGGAUCUGUCAGUCCCAGGAGACAGUGUUUUAACAGCAAGAUGUCAUUGAACUUCGGUGGGGAAGGAAAAGAAAUCAAACUAUUCCGUAGACCUGGCUGACACUCUCACUGGCCCCACCGCCCAGCAGCCGGGGUCUCCUUCCCUUUACGUAAAAGCUGAGAGGGUGGAGCUAAUCUUACAAAUGGUAAUAUUUUUGUAAUGUUCGUUAGUUCCUUCGUCACUUCUACAGGCCCUUGCCCUUUCCUUUUGUAAUGUGCAUAGGAAAAAAAAAAAGACAAAAAAAACACCACCACCACCACCAAAAUGUCCCUUUGUGUGUGUGUGUGUGCGUGUGUGUGCGUGCGCGUGUGCUGCUUGUGUGCGGUGUGAGGUCAGGCAGUGUGGCGUCUGCUGGCGCAGCACUGCACGGUACUAAGUCGGACCUGUGCCCCUCGGGCCCCAGGGAACCCCAGUAGGGAGGCAGGGAGAGGGGCCCGGACUGCAGUUUCUGAAGGGCGCUGGGUGGGAGACCUGUAGCUUGCUUUAUUCCCCCUCGGCCCCCACAAAGCCUCAGACACCCUGGACAGAGGCCAGCGUGCCUCCUGUUCGGCUUCCUGCUCACGAAGGUGAGAAUUCUGAUCUUGCCAAGGCCGCCGUGGCCAGGCCUAAGGGCAAGGUGAGGGCCAGGAAUCAUCUGGAGGUUUUGCUGUGUCGGAUAGAGGGGGCUUGGAGACUAGGCGGGAGGAGGCUGCUCCCCGCCAGGUGAGGUCUGAGUGGCUUGACUCCCCUCUUCUCUCUGCCCUCUGGCCCUUGGCCACCUGCGGCCUUUGGCUGUGGCCGGUGGCCUCACCUUGUCCAGCGUCUCACGCUCUCCAGUCUGCAGGGUCCAGGUUGGCCACGGUCCCUUCCCUGGGCUCACUCCUGCAGGCGUGUCCCCGAUGCUUCCAGUGACAGUGCCCUCACGCGUGCUCCUUCCCCAGUCCCUCCUUCACUCGCUCGAAGCAUUAAGACCCUCCGUGUGUAGGAUAGACAGAUAUAUAUAGAGAGAUAUAUAGCAAGAGAGAUAUAAAUAGUAACUAUCACUGCUGCUCUGGAGGAGGCCACGGAUGUGAGGAAGGUGGACCUGGGGUGCGGGGGUGGGGAGGGAGGCUGGGGGACCCAGUGAUUCAGUACAAUCCAGGGAUGCAAUGUGGGCUUGUUGAAUGUUUGUGCCUGAACAGUUUUCCAUGUUUAGAAAAAAAGAAAAGGAAAACAACCUGCUGCAGUUUUUCGCAAGGUGCGUGGCACCCUUCGGGGUGCUGCUGGUGCGGGGGCUGUGGGCAGAGGCCCGGGAGGGAGCGGGCCUUUGGGCUCCCGUCUUCAGGGGAGUGAGCGGCGGGGGGCGGGUCUGCGGCCGGUCCCUGCCAGCCCAGCAGGAGUGAGCGCACGGGAUGUAAGACGGAAGCGGAGAAAGAAGAAGCCGUCCGUUCGUUGUUCUAGGCCUGUGGUACGUUGUUCUCCCCUCCCCUCCUGUUUCCUCCUUUGGGGAGCUUCAUGGCAGCGCCUGCCUGGACAUUCAGCGGGAGCUCAACAGCCAGACAAACGCUUCACGGAAACGGGUGGGUGCGGGUGUGGGGGCGGGGGGAGGCAGAGCCAGCCAGGAGAGGGCCAGGAGGUAGGCUGGGGAGAGGGGUGCAGGCCCCACUGCCCUGUUAGCCAGCAGCCCUGCUCCCCGAGUCCCGGGUGCCCCCUUUGCAGACAGGGUACCUGCCCCUGGCGUGUGUCCUAGAACUUGUUCACUUAGCGUUAGGCAUGAUCUGUGUGAGGGGACGGCGCCGUGGUGGUGCGCCGUGACAUCCGCCCCAUCUAUAUAAAGAUAAAUCUAUAUAAAUAUAUACAUAUAUGUGUGUAAAGCAAAGCACUGGGGCCCCGGCCCUGCUGGACCAAGCAAAGCCCAGCCUUCGGUCUGGGUGUUCCGUUUUGUUUGUUUGUUUGUUUUUUGUGGCUCGUCUUUUGUCGUGACAGCACAAGUGCCAGUCCGAUCGCUCUGUGUUACAGAUAGUGUUUUAAUUAAUUGCUGUUCUAGUUCAUGUCUACCUCAGCACCUCCUCUUAGCCUAAUUUUAGGAGGUUGCCCAAUUUUGUUUCUUCAAUUAUACUGGUUACUUUUUUGUACAAAUCUCUCUUUCUCCUUCUCUCUCCCUUCCGCUGCUCUGUCCCUCUCCCCCCCCCCCACCCCCUUUCAUUUCUGUUGGUUUGUUUCACUUUCCCCCCCCCACCCCCACCCCUGCCCCAGCCUGGUGACCCCAGGUUUGCUUGCCAGUCCCAUCUGCCCAGCCCCGAAGCCGUCCCCUCCCAGUUGUGCGGUCCUGGGUGAGCUCUGCGCCUCUGCCUUCGUUUCGUGUAGAUGGAUGCGUUUCUCUGUAAUUCCAGUGUUCUGACAACAUUUAAAGGAAAAAAUGAAUUUACUGCUGCAGGUUUCUCUCUCCAUGUGUCACUAAGUGAAGUUGUGCCUUCUAUAGCAAAGAGAAUAUUUUUUACAUCCUACUAACAGUAGAUUUUUUUGUAGUGAACAUUUUUUUGUAUUUUUAUUUAUAAGUCUCAUAAGAAAAAUAGCAAUGUUCAGUUGUAUACCUUGAAUCUGCAGUUAGAAGAGAAUAAAGUUAAUUCAGUUGUCUCUGG